CAUCGAGAAUGUCUCUGUGCGAGUGGUACGCGAAUCGCACGGUGCUCCUCACGGGAGUCACGAGCGAGUUAGGACGCGCUGUCCUCGAGAAGAUUCUACGGUCCCUGCCGGACGUCAGGGUGUACAUCAUCCUCAGGCUCCGGAACGGCCUGACCAAGGAGGAGCGGCUGAAGAAGAUAUUCGCGUCGCCCGGGUACGAGCGACUGAGACAGGAGGUGCCGGGCGCGAUCUCGCGCGUGCAAGCGUUCGAGGGCAAUCUGCUUUACGAAGGGCUCGGUCUAAGCGCCGAGGACAAAGCCUCGUUGAGGGAGGUCACGGUGGCCUUUCACGCUGGCGGGCCGCACGACGUCGUUCUGGAAUAUUGUCAGGAAUUACCGAAGCUUAGGUGCGUCGCGGUGGCGUCCAGCAUCUUCAAGCAUCGCGGCGAGAUAACCGAGGGCUUGCAGAACGAGGCCAUCCCCAAGAUACCAGUCGCCCUUGUGCGCUUCCCUUUCAUCGGACCUGCUCACAAGCAACCCAUGCCCGGUUUCGUCGAAAUCCUCAAAGGACCCACCGCGCUCAUGGUCGGCGCGGGCUACGCGUUCGGCAAUCCGGAGUUGCAGGCCGAAGUUGUUCCGAUAGACGCGGCGGUGAACACGAUGAUCGCAGCUGCGUGGGAAGUAGGCACGUCUGAUGCUGCGGAGCCGGUGGUUUACAACGCGGCGACGAUCGGCUGCACGUGGCAGGAUCUGGUUAAAAAGAGCCGACGAGCCAGCUGGUUAUACCCGUAUCCGACCUUCGGAAUACGCGGGAUGACGAACGUCGCCCCGCUGCACUGGCUUUUGGUGCUGCUUCUCGAAUGGCUGCCAUCCGUACUCUGCGACACCGUCCUCGGUCUGUGCGGCAGGAAGCAGAGGAUCGUCGCUGAGUACGACAGAGUUCGUAAUGCACUUCGAUCCCUGAAGUCAAUUUCAUGGAGGCCAUGGGCAGCGGAGAGGAAACGCGUGUACCUGCUCCAGAAUCGCCUGACGGGGAAAGAGCGAGAGGCGUUUCCGGUCAUCGAGGAAAUCGACAUCGAGGCUUAUAUCCUCUGCGUUGCGGCCGCCGCACGGAAGUACUGCGUGAGCGAGGACAAUCUCCGAGUUAUGAAGACCAUACGUAUGCUCCUGUUACUUGCGCCCGCGAUACUCGUAGUCGCAUAUAUUCUAAUCUUUAAUUAUCACACGUACAUAGCCAGAUAAGAAUAUUCCACACAUGGAAUUUUCGAGUUCGCUUUUCUCAAAAGUCCGCAGCGGCAGAAAUACCCGACGAUCCCUGAUAUAAUCGGAAUAAAUAUCACUACACGGUAAAAAAAUUUCAUGCAAAUAACGGCCCACUGAAACUUUCGUGUUACUUUAACGAGAUGAAUAUGU